AUGCCACCACCGACGCAGUCGCCAAGCCAAGCCGCUCAUCCGUCGUCGAGUCCAAUGCAGGCAAACAAGCCUAGCCCCGGUUCAAACAGAAAUGCUGGUUAUCCUCCGAACUCAAUGCGACCUUCAUCAAAUGGCAGUGGACAUUUGAAAUCGGAACCGUCCCCGGCCAGUGUGCAGCAGAAUUCUAGCGAUCAGAUGUCGAAUUCUGGGAUGUCUGCUGGUACGGCGCUGAGUCCUACGUCAUGUUCUAUGUUUGGCAACAAUGCACAAGUUGCUCCGACGUCUGAUCAAGGACCACCACAGCCGCCUACGGCAAAUACGCCGUUCCCUCUCGUCACCCAUUAUGACAUGCCUCCAGCUUUUUUGCAUUUGCAAGACUCAUUUCAGAUGAGGAACCCUGCCUUGCAGCUCUACUAUAAGCGCCGAAAGACGUUACUCAUUUUGCCUUAUCCCGCUGGACCAAAUCUUUCUGUGAGUAUCGACUGCUCUACAGUCUUUCGUUCUCUCUAGGA